GGAAGAGAGGGAAAUAUGGGGUGUGGGCCCCACUGGCUAACGAAACUACACACUUUGGCACCUGAAAUAUAUGGGCAUGAAGAUAUAAAAAAGGCGCUGCUUCUGCUCCUAGUGGGUGCUCCUCACAGGAAACUAAAAGAUGGAAUGAAGAUUAGAGGAGAUUUACAUAUUUGUCUGAUGGGUGAUCCUGGAGUUGCAAAGAGCCAGCUUCUCAAACACAUAAUUAUGGAGCAGCAGACUGUUAGCAUUGCUAAGGCUGGGAUCACUACGUCUUUGAAUGCAAGAACUGCUCUUCUUGCUGCAGCAAAUCCAGCAUGGGGGAGAUAUGACGUACGUAGAACUCCUGCUGAAAACAUUAGUCUUCCACCAGCCCUUUUGUCAAGAUUUGAUCUUUUAUGGUUAAUCCUGGAUCGAGCAGAUAUGGAUAGUGAUCUUGAGAAUCUCCGGCUCUUGGCUUCACUCCACUUGAGCCAUCUGUUAUUCGGGCAUAUAUUUCUGCGGUGAGGAGAUUGUCUCCUUCAGAGAAAUGACUGAAUGUCAUCUGAUGCCAAAAUAACUGCACUGCUUAUCAUGUCAAACAACCAGUACAAAACUUGGAAGUGAUAGGAAUAUAACUAUAUAAAUCAGAGUAGUAGAAAUUCAAAAUAUAUAUCUCAAAAAAUGAAAAUUCUUGGUAUUCCUGUACGAAAUUCUAUCUAUUUCGUCUCAAGCCAUGUGGAAUGUUUGAUUUGGAACAGGGAUACAGUGAAGCCCAACCGAAACAAUAUUUGGAGGAGUACGCAAACAUAAAUGUGUGGCAGAUUAAUCCCCUUUCUUUUGACAUCCGAUUUAUUGAUGCCAUUUGAAAGAUGAGCGAGUGAGAUGCCACUCAACUCGGCUCCCGUUAAAGGUCGCUGGAGCUUUUCUUAGGAGUGUGGCAUGGGUUUCUUCAUCAACCGUAGCAGUAGCGCCAUCUGCUAAGAUUUGUUCCUUUUUCUGUUACAUUUACCGCUCGAACCAAAAGAUUUAUUUAUUCUUUUAUUCUACUUCGGGACUGUUUAGAGCUUAGCAUGAGUAGAUUAUUCGACAUGGCACGCGCCAUAGUUGCAGAAUUGUAUUGGGAGUAUGAUUAGAUUAAUUAGCACUAUUGACUACCUGGAAUGGAUGGAGCCGAAUUUGUGCUACACGUUUGUAAAUAUGGAUACUUUUUAUUGACUAAUUGGGUAUUGCAAGGAAGACUCUCAAAAAUA